GGGUGAUUAGCGGUAAAAAAAAAGAAAAAAAAAAGAAAUCGGACUCAACUCGCUAACGGGAUCUGGUGCUAUAGAUGAGCUGAAAGCGGUAUAUCGCUGUAAUGCUGUCCCGUUGACCCAGCCGUGCGCGUCGUUCCCAAACACUUACCACAGCGAAGGUGUGGACCAGUGUGUGUGUGUGAGACAUGUCAGAUAAGAUGUCCAGUUUUCUGCACAUCGGGGACAUCUGCUCCCUGUAUGCAGAGGGCUCCACCAACGGUUUCAUCAGCACUCUGGGGCUGGUAGAUGACCGCUGUGUGGUACAGCCCGACACAGGGGACCUGAACAACCCCCCCAAAAAGUUCAGAGAUUGUCUGUUCAGGUUGUGUCCUAUGAACCGGUACUCUGCUCAGAAACAGUUCUGGAAGGCAGCGAAGCCCGGAGGAAACAGCACCACAGACACGGUCCUCCUCAACAAACUACACCAUGCAGCAGAUUUGGAAAAGAAGCAAAACGAUUCAGAAAAUAAAAAGUUGCUCGGAACGGUGAUUCAGUAUGGGAACGUCAUUCAGCUCCUCCAUCUGAAGAGUAACAAGUACCUGACAGUGAACAAGCGUCUGCCUGCGCUGCUGGAGAAGAAUGCCAUGAGAGUGAUGCUGGACACAGCCGGGAACGAAGGCUCCUGGUUCUACAUUCAACCCUUCUACAAGUUGCGCUCCAUAGGAGACAGUGUGGUGAUAGGGGACAAGGUGGUCCUGAACCCUGUGAAUGCUGGCCAGCCCCUUCAUGCCAGCACCCAUCAACUAGUGGACAACCCAGGAUGUAACGAGGUGAACUCGGUCAACUGUAACACCAGCUGGAAGAUCGUGCUGUUCAUGAAAUGGGGUGACAAUCAGGAGAUCAUUCUAAAAGGGGGUGACGUGGUGCGCCUGUUCCAUGCAGAGCAGGAGAAGUUCCUCACCUGUGACGACCACCGGAAAAAACAAUAUGUCUUCCUGCGCACCACUGGACGCCAGUCUGCUACCUCGGCAACUAGCAGCAAAGCCUUAUGGGAGGUGGAGGUGGUGCAGCAUGAUCCAUGUCGAGGUGGAGCUGGCUAUUGGAACAGUCUGUUUAGGUUCAAACACCUGGCCACUGGACACUACCUGGCUGCAGAGAUGAACCCUGACUAUGAGGAAGAGCGCCUGGAGUUCCGCUCCUCACUGGACUCUGAGCAGGUGGACCUCCGCACCCGCCUCAGGAACCCCCAGGAGAAGGUCAUGUACACCCUGGUGUCUGUCCCUGAUGGCAAUGACAUCUCCUCCAUUUUUGAGCUGGACCCAACCACUCUGAGAGGGGGUGACUCCCUAGUACCCAGGAACUCGUACGUGAGGCUCAGACACCUAUGCACCAACACAUGGGUCCACAGCACCAACCACCCCAUCGACAAGGAGGAGGAGAAACCUGUCAUGCUACGCAUUGGCACGUCUGCACUGAAAGAAGACAAAGAGGCUUUUGCCAUCGUACCUGUUUCGCCCGCCGAAGUCAGAGACCUGGACUUUGCCAACGAUGCCAGUAAAGUGUUGGCCUCCAUUGCAGGCAAACUGGAGAAGGGCACCAUCACUCAGAACGAGAGAAGGGCGGUGACCAAGCUUCUGGAGGACCUGGUGUUCUUUGUGGUGGACAUCCCCAACAAUGGCCAGGAUGUUCUGGAGAUCAUGGUCAACAAGCCCAACAGAGAGAGACAGAAACUCAUGAGGGAACAGAACAUCCUCAAACAGAUCUUCAAGUUACUGCAGGCUCCAUUCACAGACAGCGGGGAUGGGCCCAUGCUGCGAUUGGAGGAGCUGGCCGACCAGCGCCACACACCCUUCAGACACAUCUGUCGCCUGUGUUACCGCGUGUUACGCCACUCUCAACAGGACUACCGCAAGAACCAGGAGUACAUAGCCAAGCAGUUUCGCUUCAUGCAGAAGCAGAUCGGUUAUGAUGUUCUAGCUGAAGACACUAUCACAGCCCUGCUCCACAACAACCGCAAGCUGCUGGAGAAGCACAUCACUGCUGCAGAGAUAGACACCUUCGUCAGCCUCGUCAGGAAGAACCGGGAGCCCAGGUUCCUGGACUACCUGUCUGACUUGUGUGUGUCUAUGAACAAGUCUAUCCCUGUAACCCAGGAGCUCAUCUGUAACGCAGUCCUGGACCCCACCAACGGAGACAUCCUCAUAGAGACUAAAUUGGUGCUGUCAAGGUUUGAGAUUGAGGAAGCGUCCAUCGGAGAGAACUCAGUGGAGUCUGAGGAGGACGAGGAGGAGGUGUGGCUAUUCUGGAAGGACAGCAGUAAGGAGAUCAGAAGUAAGAGCAUCAGAGAACUUGCCCAGGAUGCCAAGGAGGGCGCCAAGGAGGACCAAGAGGUGGUCAGCUACUACAGGUACCAGCUGAACCUGUUUGCGCGGAUGUGUCUGGAUCGUCAGUAUUUGGCCAUCAAUAAGAUCUCUGGCCAGCUGGAUGUGGACUUGAUCCUGCGCUGCAUGUCUGAUGAGGACCUGCCUUACGACCUGCGCGCUUCCUUCUGCCGAAUGAUGCUGCACAUGCAUGUGGACCGCGACCCCCAGGAACAGGUCACGCCUGUAAAGUAUGCCCGCCUAUGGUCUGAGAUCCCCUCUGAGAUCGCCAUUGACGACUAUGACAACGACGGUACAUCCAAGGAUGAGAUCAAGGAGCGUUUUGCCCUGACCAUGGAGUUUGUCGAGAACUACCUAAGAGACGUGGUGUGUCAGAGCUUCCCAUUCUCCGACAAGGAGAAGAACAAACUCACCUUUGAGGUAGUGAAUCUAUCCAGGAACCUCAUCUACUUUGGCUUCUACAACUUCAGUGACCUGCUGAGGCUAACCAAGAUCCUACUGGCCAUCCUGGACUGUGUCCACGUCAGCACCAUCUUCCCCAUCAACAAGCUGGAGAAGGGAGACGAGACUAAAGGCAGUAACGUGAUGCGCUCUAUCCACGGAGUGGGGGAGCUGAUGACCCAGGUGGUCCUGAGAGGAGGGGGUUUCCUGCCCACCAACCCCAUCAACCCCCCCAACGGGGACCAGGUCAAGACACAAACAGAGCCGGAGAAACAGGACAUCCUUGUCAUGGACACCAAACUCAAGAUCAUAGAGAUACUACAGUUCAUUCUGAAUGUGCGACUGGACUACCGGAUCUCCUGUCUGCUGUGUAUCUUUAAGAGGGAGUUUGAUGAGAGCAACUCCCAAUCUGAUCUGUCUAUAGCAGGAACCCACGAGGGACCAAACAACAUGCCAGGAGCUCUGGACUUUGAGAACAUAGAGGAGCAGGCAGAGGGGAUAUUUGGUGGAAGUGAGGAGAACACCCCAUUGGACCUAGAUGACGAUGGUGGUAGGACCUUCCUGAGGGUCCUGCUCCACCUGACCAUGCAUGACUACCCUCCCCUGGUGUCCCGAGCCCUCCACCUGCUCUUCAGACACUUCAGCCAGAGACAGGAGGUUCUACAGGCCUUCAAACAGGUCCAGUUGCUGGUGACCAGUCAGGAUGUGGAGAACUACAAACAGAUCAAGUCAGACCUGGACCAGCUACGCUCCAUUGUGGAGAAGUCUGAGCUGUGGGUCUACAAGAGACUGGGGCCAGACGAGGGCAUGGACACUGGGGAACACUCUGCCGAGUCUCAACACAAGAAGGGUGACUCCAACUCAAGUGGCUCAGACAAACCAAAGAAACCAGAGAGCACCAGCAGCUACAACUACAGAGUGGUGAAGGAGAUUCUGCUGCGUCUCAGCAGGUUGUGUGUUCAGGAGAGUCUGUCUGGCAGAAAGAGUAAGAAGCAGCAGCAGAGACUCCUCAGGAACAUGGGGGCCCACACCGUGGUGCUGGAGUUACUGCAGAUCCCCUAUGAGAAGGGGGAGGAUGUGCGUAUGCAGGAGAUCAUGAAACUGGCCCACCAGUUCCUGCAGAACUUCUGUGCAGGGAACCAGCAGAACCAGGCCCUGCUUCACAAACACAUCAACCUGUUCCUCAACCCUGGGAUCCUCGAGGCAGUCACCAUGCAGCAUAUCUUCAUGAAUAACUUCCAGCUGUGCAGUGAGAUCAAUGAGCGAGUGGUGCAGCACUUUGUCCACUGCAUCGAGACGCAUGGCCGCAAUGUCCAGUACCUCAAGUUCCUGCAGACCAUCGUCAAGGCCGAGAGCAAGUUCAUUAAGAAGUGUCAAGACAUCGUCAUGGCUGAGCUGGUGAAUGCUGGUGAGGAUGUGCUGGUGUUCUACAACGACCGUGCAUCCUUCCAGACCCUGGUGACGAUGAUGCGGUCAGAGCGGGACCGUAUGGAUCAGAACAGUCCUCUGAUGUACCACAUUCACCUGGUAGAGCUGCUGGCUGUCUGCACUGAGGGAAAGAACGUCUACACUGAGAUCAAAUGUAACUCUCUGCUGCCUCUGGAUGAUAUAGUGAGGGUGGUCACCCACGAGGACUGUAUUCCUGAGGUGAAGAUAGCCUACAUCAACUUCCUGAACCACUGCUAUGUGGACACAGAGGUGGAGAUGAAGGAGAUCUACACCAGCAACCACAUGUGGAAGCUCUUUGAGAACUUCCUGGUGGACAUCUGCAGGGUGUGCAACAACACGAGUGACCGCAAACACGCCGACAUGGUCCUGGAGAGCUACGUGACCGAGACAGUCAUGGGAAUCGUGACCACCUUCUUCAGCUCACCUUUCUCCGACCAGUCCACCAGCCUGCAGACCAGACAGCCUGUGUUUGUUCAGCAGUUACAGGCAGUGUUCAGAGUGUAUCACUGUAACUGGCUGAUCCCAGUUCAGAAGGGCUCAGUGGAGAGCUGUAUCAAGGUGCUGUCUGACGUGGCUAAAGGGCGAGCCAUCGCCAUCCCAGUGGAUCUGGACAGCCAGGUGAACAACCUGUUUGUGAAGUCCAACAACAUCGUCCAGAAGACAGCAAUGUCCUGGAGAAUGUCUGCCCGCAAUGCUGCCCGCAGAGACUCUGUACUGACCGCUUCACGAGACUACAGGAACAUCAUUGAGAGACUGCAGGACAUAGUGUCAGCUCUAGAGGACCGUCUGCGUCCGUUGGUCCAGGCUGAGCUGUCUGUCCUAGUGGAUGUGCUGCAUCGGCCAGAGCUGCUCUUUCCGGAGAACACAGACUCCCGCAGGAAGUGUGAGAGUGGCGGAUUCAUCUGCAAGCUGAUCAAACACACCAAGCAGCUGCUGGAGGAGAAUGAGGAGAGGCUGUGUAUCAAAGUCCUGCAGACCCUCCGAGAGAUGAUGACCAAAGACCGAGGAUACGGAGAGAAGCUCAGAUCCUUUAAUGAUGAGAUGGAUAUGCCAGAGCAGCUGGAUCUCAACCAGCCACAGAAAAUACUGGACGACCAGAGGAGGGGUGAGGCGCUGAGGCAGAUUCUGGUCAACCGUUACUAUGGUAACUUCCAUAGUAGGAGUGCUGGGCGGAGGGACAGCCUGACGGCCUUCAGCAACGCAACCCUAGUUCCAGUAGGACCCGGCAAGAGCCAAUCAGGUCUCGGUGGUAUGGGGGCCCUGAGUCGAGGCGAGAUGAGCCUGUCAGAGGUACAGUGUCACCUGGACAAGGAGGGAGCCUCUGACCUCGUCAUAGACCUCAUCAUGAACACCACCAGUGACCGCGUCUUCCAGGAAAGCAUCCUAUUGGCCAUCGCCCUGCUGGAGGGCGGGAACACCACCAUCCAACGUUCCUUCAUCUGCCGUCUGACGGAGGACAAGAAGUCCGAGAAGUUUUUCCGUGUGUUCUAUGACCGGAUGAAACUUGCCCAGCUGGAGAUUAAAGCCACGGUGACGGUCAACACCAGCGACCUCGGCAACAGGAAGAGAGAUGACGACGCCCCCGACAAGGAUGUGCCCGUCCGCAAGAAAGCCAAAGACUCAGCGGUACUGGUGACAGAUGAGGCGAGAGAGCAGCUGCUGGAGGCCUCGUCGGCCACUAAAAAAGCCUUCAACUCAUACCGCCGUGAGGCCGACCCCGAUGACCACUUCUCUACGGCUGAUGGCACACCUAGCACCGGGGACAAGGGCCAGGACGAUGGAGAGAUGAGCUUUAUCAUCGUCAUCAUGCAGCCUAUCCUGCGCUUCCUCCAGUUGCUCUGUGAGAACCACAACCGAGACCUGCAGAACUUCCUUCGGUGUCAGAACAACAAGAACAACUAUAACCUGGUGUGUGAGACGCUGCAGUUCCUGGACUGUAUCUGUGGCAGCACCACGGGAGGCCUGGGGCUACUAGGACUCUACAUCAAUGAGAAGAACGUGGCUCUCAUCAACCAGACAGUAGAGAGCCUGACAGAGUACUGCCAGGGACCCUGCCAUGAGAACCAGAACUGCAUAGCCACCCAUGAGUCCAACGGCAUUGACAUCAUCAUCGCUCUGAUCCUGAAUGACAUCAACCCACUGGGGAAGAAGAGGAUGGACCUGGUGCUGGAACUCAAGAACAACGCCUCCAAGCUGUUGUUGGCUAUCAUGGAGAGUCGCCAUGACAGUGAGAACGCUGAGAGAAUCCUGUACAACAUGAGGCCGAAGGAGCUGGUGGAGGUGAUCAAGAAGGCCUACCUGCAGGGAGAGGUGGAGUUUGAGGAUCCCGAAGAGGAGGACGAUAGUGGGGAGGAAGAGGAGCAUGAUGCUGCAUCCCCCAGGAACGUAGGCCACAACAUCUACAUCUUGGCCCACCAGUUGGCACGCCACAACAAGGAGCUGCAGGUGAUGCUGAAGCCAGGCGGGACCAACGGAGAGGGAGACGAGGCUCUGGAGUUCUAUGCCAAACACACUGCUCAGAUAGAGAUCGUGCGUCAUGACCGCACCAUGGAGGAGAUAGUGUUUCCUGUGCCCAACAUCUGUGAGUUCCUGACCUGUGAGUCCAAACUGCGGGUGUAUUACACCACAGAGAGGGACGAGCAGGGCAGCAAGAUCAACGACUUCUUCCUCAGCGCUGAGAACCUCUUCAAUGAGAUGAACUGGCAGAAGAAACUACGAGCCCAGCCUGUGUUGUACUGGUGUUCCAGAAACAUGUCAUUCUGGAGUAACAUCUCCUUCAACCUGGCCGUCCUCAUGAACCUGAUGGUGGCCUUCUUCUAUCCCCUGGAAGGGUUGCGUGAAGGUACCCUGGAGCCCCAGCUGUCUGCCCUGCUCUGGUUGGGUAUGUUGGCAUCGUUGGCUAUCGUGGUGGCCAUGCCCCAGCACCUUGGGGUUCGCACCCUCAUCAUUGCCACCAUCCUCCGCCUCAUCUUCUCUGUGGGCCUGGAGCCCACCCUCUUCUUGCUUGGAGCCUUUAACGUCUGUAAUAAGAUGAUCUUCUUGAUGAGUUUUGUGGGGAACAAAGGGACGUUCACACGGGGCUACAAGGCCAUGAUCCUGGACGUUGAGUUCCUCUACCACCUCAUGUACCUCAUCAUCUGUAGCCUGGGGGUCUUCGUCCAUGUCUUCUUUUACAGCCUACUGCUCUUUGACCUGGUGUACAGGGAGGAGACUCUACUGAACGUGAUAAAGAGUGUGACCCGUAACGGUCGCUCCAUCGUGCUGACAGCAGUGCUGGCCCUCAUCCUGGUCUACCUGUUCUCCAUCGUGGGGUACAUCUUCUUCAAGGAUGACUUCAUCCUGGAGGUGGACCGCAUCCCCAACACCACUCUGGAGAACGGGGUCAGUAUGGCCAAUAAGCUGGUGUCUGAUGGGAUGUGUCGGUCUGAGAGUGGAGAGAACAACUGCACCACAGAGCUUCAAGUGGAUGACUUGUUGGAUGACAUGGAGGAUGGCAAGGAGCGUACAUGUGACUCUCUGCUCAUGUGUAUCGUCACUGUGCUGAGCCACGGCCUGAGGAGUGGAGGGGGGGUGGGAGACGUUCUGAGAAAGCCCUCCAAAGAGGAGCCUCUGUUUGCGGCCAGGGUGAUCUACGACUUGCUCUUCUUCUUCAUGGUCAUCAUCAUCGUCCUCAACCUUAUCUUUGGAGUCAUCAUCGACACCUUUGCAGACCUGAGGAGUGAGAAACAGAAGAAGGAAGAGGUCCUGAAGACCACCUGCUUCAUAUGCGGUCUGGAGAGAGACAAGUUUGACAACAAGACGGUGACGUUUGAGGAGCACAUCAAGGAGGAGCACAACAUGUGGCACUACCUGUUCUUCAUAGUGCUGGUCAAAGUGAAGGAUUCCACAGAGUACACUGGCCCCGAGAGCUACGUCGCUGAGAUGAUCAAGGAGCACAAUCUGGACUGGUUCCCGCGGAUGCGUGCGAUGUCGCUGGUGAGCAGUGACGCGGAAGGCGAACAGAAUGAGAUCAGAAAUCUGCAAGAGAAGCUGGAGUCAGCCAUGAGGCUGGUAUGCAAUCUGUCUGGACAGCUCACGGAGCUCAAGGAGCAGAUGACAGAGCAGAGGAAACAAAAGCAGAGGAUUGGACUCCUGGGCCACCCCCCUCACAUGAACGUCAAUCCCCAGCAGCCAGCCUGAGGAGAACCGUGGGGUGGGGGUACCACCUCCUCCACCCAGGACCCUAACCCAGGACCACUCACAUGAAGGAGAUCCUGACAUUACAGUGCCUUCUUCUGACAGUCAAUGUAGUGUACAAGAGUAUGCCAAAGUGUGUUUGUACAGUAGCAGUGUACCUGACUCAUGGGCUUUAGAGAGUGAGUAUGUACAGUAUGAAGGAAUUUGUGUGUAGAAUGCCUUAAUGAACACUUAGUGUUUAUGAAACUAGUGCACAUUAGGAGAUGGGGCAUAUGCAUGUAGUGUACGUGAGUGUGUCUAUGUACUGUGCACAUGAGUUCGAGUGGGUGGAUGAGGAAUGUAUGGAGUGCAAAAAGUGCCCCUGGACUUGAGAAGAAGGAACCAGUCAUGUAAGUUUAGGUUGUAAAAAUUACUCAAGUGAAAAUGCCUUAGGUUGUCUUACUACCCUUAAUGCCUUCUCCAUCUUCCUUACCACUUUGAAUGGGUGACAAAGGUUCUACUCCCCCAUUGGUCUUGAUGUAUUUGGUGAACUUGAAGUCUCAGCCAAUUGCAACACAAGACUCUUGAGACACAACACUCUCGUGUUGAAGGACGCUUUCCUCUUUUUUAUAUAUUUGUAACCUGGCAAACAGUAUUUAAUAUCUUAUUUUUGUACGAGGUGCAAUACCAAUACUUUACGAUAUGCAACCACAAAGAUGUUUAAUCUGUACAUAAUGUCUGCUGGAGAUGGUAUGAGUUUUUUUAGAUGGCUUUGUUAUUUUAUUUAUAUACAGUGCCUUCAGAAAGUUUUCAUACCCCUUGACUUAUUCCACAUUUUGGAAUAAGUCAAGGGGUAUGAAUACUAA